UCUCAUUGUGGUCAUUAUUGGUGACCAUUCAACUUUUCACUUAUCUAUUUUCUCUGUUUUCAGACCUCUUUUUCCUUUUCUUCUUCUUUUGGUUGCAUAAUUCUUCAACAACAAUAAAAAAAAACAUAGCAAAAUGGAUGAAGUCUCGAUAUUCGAACUCGUUCUUGACUCGUUAUCGAGUUCUCGUAACGACAUUGUAGAUAAAAUCACAAUGGUGUGGACCCUAUUGAAAGCGCCAGUAGUGGUGCCAUUGUUGACAAUUGCAAUGUACAUAUGUUUAGGAAUGUCAAUAAUGUUGUUCAUAGAAAGAGUGUAUAUGGGAAUUGUGUGUGGUUUUAUGAAAUUGUUUAGAAAAGAGACAAAAAAACGUUACAAAUUCGAACCAUUUGAAGAAGGUGAUGAUGUUGAAUUGGGUAAUUCAGCUUACCCUCUAGUUCUUAUUCAAGUUCCAAUGUUUAAUGAAAAAGAGGUUUAUCAACUUUCAAUUGGAGCUGCAUGUGGGCUAACAUGGCCAUCUGAUCGUAUCGUGAUACAAGUUCUUGAUGAUUCUACUGAUCCAAUUAUCAAGGGUAUGGUGGAGGUAGAGUGUCAAAAAUGGGCUAGUAAAGGUACAAACAUACAUUACCAAGUUAGAGACAAUCGAAAGGGCUACAAAUCUGGUGCACUUAAAGAAGGUCUAAAGCAUAGUUAUGCAAGCGAGUGUGAGUAUGUGGCUAUUUUCGAUGCUGAUUUUCAACCCGAACCCGAUUUUCUCUUGAAAACUAUCCCUUUUCUUCAUCAUAACUCUGAUCUUGGCCUUGUUCAAGCUCGUUGGAAAUUUGUGAACGCUGAUGAAUGCUUAAUGACAAGAAUGCAAGAGAUGUCACUUGACUACCAUUUCAAAGUGGAGCAAGAAGCUGGUUCUUCUACAUAUGCCUUUUUUGGCUUCAAUGGGACUGCCGGGGUUUGGAGAAUGGCAGCGAUAGAUCAGGCCGGUGGAUGGAAAGACCGCACAACCGUUGAAGAUAUGGACUUGGCAGUCCGGGCUAGUCUUAAAGGAUGGAAAUUCUUGUACAUUGGUUCACUUAAGGUCAAAAAUGAAUUACCAAGUAACUUUAAAGCCUAUCGGUACCAACAACAUCGUUGGUCUUGUGGUCCAGCAAACCUUUUUAGGAAAAUGGUUUUAGAGAUCAUAAGAAAUAAGAGAGUGACAUUGUGGAAGAAGCUAUAUGUGAUCUACAGUUUCUUCUUUGUGAGGAAGAUCGUAGCGCAUAUUGUUACAUUCAUUUUGUAUUGCGCCGUACUUCCUCUAGCUAUAUUGGUACCAGAAGUUCCGGUUCCUAAGUGGGGUGUAGUUUAUAUCCCGGUUAUCAUCACUCUUCUAAAUGCAGUCGGUACUCCAAGGUCUUUCCAUUUGGUUAUAAUUUGGAUUCUGUUUGAGAAUGUCAUGGCUCUCCAUCGGACUAAGGGUACUUUUGUUGGACUUUUCGAGACUAAAAGAGUAAACGAAUGGGUCGUCACAGAGAAGUCUGGCGGAGAUGCUUCCAAAGUCAAAGGAUCAACACCAAAACCAGUCAGUAGACCGCGCUUCAAAAUUGGGGAAAGGAUUCUUAUGCUCGAGCUAGGCAUCGGCGUUUUCCUUCUUAUAUGUGGCUCCCUUGAUUUAGCGUUUGGAAAGUACCGCUACUACAUUUACCUGUAUCUACAAGCCAUAGCCUUCUUAGUAAUGGGACUCGGUUAUGUUGGCACGCAUGUUCCUAGCUCGUAGACAACGUUCAUGAUCAUCGCUUUGCCAUUUCGCAUUUUUGAUCGUCACUAGUGCACAUUUCGUCAUUAGCUAGACCAUGCAACAUUUUUUGUAUAUAAGAAAGAACAAAAACCAAAUUCAUUUCAGGUAUUCUUAUUCUUAGUAUAGUCGAAACUCAUAAGGUUAAAUACCACGGUCGAUCUUCUCGAAUCAUAAAGGUUCUUUUGUGUAUCAAAAAGAAAAUUCAUAAUGUGUUUGAUACGUACGCUCUUGCGAGAAAAGAGUACAACGAACACAAAGAAAGAAGAAAAAGUUAGACUAAAUUGUUGUAAUUUAAAUUCAGGUUGUAAUGCAUUAUAUGUAAUUCUUCAUUAAAUGUAAUUCUUCAUUAAAUAAAUAAAUAAAUAAAUAGUGAAAA